CUCGUCAUUCGUUCGGUCGUUCCUGGAAGGAGGCGGAUCCCCCCGACUUCCGGGUGUGAACGGAAGGCAGCAUCAGCCCAGCGGACUGGAGAGACGUCGAAGAUAACCAUGGCAAUGACCGGACAGACCUCCUGUUAUUCGAUGAGCAGCCACACCAAGGAACGAGUGACCAUGGCCAAAGUGACCCUGGAAACCUUCUACAGCAACUUGAUUGCUCAGCAUGAGGAGCGGGAGAUGAGGCAGCAGAAGUUGGAGAAGGUGAUGGAUCAGGAGGGCUUGGCUGAUGAAGAGAAACGCAUCCGCCGCUCCCAACAUGCCAGGAAAGAGACAGAGUUUCUUCGUCUGAAACGCACUCGACUGGGCCUGGAGGACUUUGAGUCUCUCAAAGUUAUUGGUCGAGGUGCAUUUGGAGAGGUCCGUCUGGUGCAGAAGAAGGACACAGGUCACGUGUACGCCAUGAAGAUCCUCCGCAAGGCUGACAUGCUUGAGAAAGAACAGGUGGGCCACAUCCGUGCUGAGAGAGAUAUCCUGGUCGAAGCUGAUAGUUUGUGGGUGGUCAAAAUGUUUUACAGCUUCCAGGACAAGAUGAACCUUUACCUCAUCAUGGAGUUCCUACCAGGAGGAGAUAUGAUGACCCUGUUGAUGAAGAAAGACACUCUGACAGAAGAAGCCACUCAGUUCUACAUUGCAGAGACGGUGCUGGCCAUCGACUCCAUCCACCAACUUGGCUUCAUUCACAGAGACAUCAAGCCAGACAACCUUCUCCUAGAUUCUAGGGGUCAUGUGAAGCUUUCUGACUUUGGCCUGUGCACCGGGCUGAAGAGGGCUCACCGAACUGAUUUCUACAAGAACCUCAACCAUAGUCUCCCCAGUGACCUCAGUAAGCAAACAUUCCAGAACAUGAACUCCAAGAGGAAAGCGGAGACGUGGAAGAGGAACAGGAGACAGCUGGCCUUCUCUACAGUGGGAACACCAGAUUACAUCGCCCCUGAGGUCUUCAUGCAAAAUGGAUACAACAAGCUGUGUGACUGGUGGAGUCUUGGUGUCAUCAUGUAUGAAAUGCUGAUAGGCUAUCCACCGUUCUGCUCCGAGACCCCGCAGGAGACCUACAGGAAGGUCAUGAACUGGAGGGAAACACUGACCUUUCCUCCAGAGGUGCCCAUCUCAGAGAAGGCCAAGGACCUCAUCCUCAGGUUCUGCUGUGAGGAGGAGCACCGGAUCGGGGCCAGUGGCGUGGAUGAGAUCAAAAGCAACACAUUCUUCGAGGGAGUGGACUACGACCAUAUCAGAGAGAGGCCUGCUGCCAUUCCCAUCGAGAUCAAAAGCAUUGACGACACAUCCAACUUUGAUGAAUUCCCUGACUCAGAUAUCCUCCAGCCCACAGGUCCGGUAGCGUCUAACCAGUCUGAGGCAGACCUCAAAAGUAAGGACUGGGUCUUCAUCAACUACACCUACAAACGCUUUGAGGGCCUGACAGCACGGGGGGCUAUCCCCUCCUACAUGAAGUCAGGGAGAAGAUGAACACCACAGCUCACCUGAUCUCUCAAUGGCUUUUAAAGGAAUACCAGCAUUAAAAUCUGAAUACCAACUCCUCCAGACCCAUGUUCUCUUUAGAACUGGACCCCAAAAUGCUGCAGAAUCCAGCUCGCUCCUGAGGUCACAUGAUUCAUCUAAUGACACGACUCCAUUUCCCCGUCAUGACAGUGCAACUGAGCAAUAGUUUUGUCUUAUGUAGAGAUCAGUCACAACACAGCUCUUUCAUUCCCUUCCCAUCAAGAAUGACUGUCCUUAAUUCAUCUUCAGGACUGAUGUUUAAGGAUCUUUACUGUUGAAUCCAAACAAGUCAUCAUCUAAACACCGCUUCUCUGAGGAUCUUUGUUAAAGGAGUUGUUAGCCAGCUUCAGCUUGCUAAAUCUAUAUGAUGCAUUCUCGCCACUGACAGGCUACACUAUUCACGUACUCUGGAGAGUACAUUUCCUUUUUCAGUCAAUCACAACCUAUUUUUAGUUCACGUAAAUCAAGUGUACGAUCAGCCACCAAAGAGGAGUUGCUGCCUUUAUUUGAUGCAAGUCUUCACUGUUUGACUCUCCAGGAUUAAAGGACCACCGUGUCCAAAGAGAUUCUGAUUCUUACCACCUGCAAGGGACCUACUGCCCAUUUCCUUACCAGUGGACCAGUCUGAUUCUCCAGAUGGACUCUAAAAACCACCAGCGUUCACCAUCUCUCUCUGAACCUGAAUCAAGUCUUAACAUUUUGACUGUUGGACUAGCGGGUUACUAGGGUCCUAUCUGCUUUCUGUUUUACUCGAGGGCUUUUUCCUUCAGCCUUGGGACUAAAGGAGUGUUCUUCUCUUCGUGAUCUGUGAUGUUGGAGUUGAGUUUUUAAUUCAAACGGGACAUUGGAGUGUCAUGAAAUGAAAUUCAAUUACUUUUCAGGGAGCUUGGGCAAAGGUUUUUUAACGAUUUCUUAUGAAAGCUCUUCCUAGACAUCUUGUAAGUGCUGCAGGAUUGGCCUGAUUGUUGCUCUAACCAAAGACGAUGAGGGAUGAAUGAAUCUUUACUCAAACGAUGUCUGCGCUUUAUGCUCAUCUACGUGAUGUCACUUUAAAAUGACUUUACAGCUGAAUAGAUUUAUAAAUUGGUCGUGUAAUUCAGUUGCAUCAAGUGAUGCAAGUGGUGGUCCAUGGCAUCGGGACAACAGUUUUAGAAGGAAAUAUUUGUAAUGAAUUGGUUCCCAGUUUGGAGAAAUAUUCAGGCUCAACGUUUGAUUGCUUCCUUUUGUUUUAGUCCAACCUUUAGCAGCAUGUGUGUCGUCCUGACCAACCAAUAUAUAACCAUCAGUAUUUUUCUGUUAAAACUGCUGACACUAACUACAAGUUCAGGUCCCUUUCCGCCGAUGCACAUUAUGAACCUUUGCAAGUUUAAAUUGGAUAACCGGAGGCAGAAAUAGCUGGUGAACAUAGAAAAAAAACAAACAAGUAUAUAGGCAGAUAAGAACAUUUAUUUAACCAGUUCGUUAUUAAUUUAACCGUUUUGUGUUUUUGUUUUUUUUUUGUUCAUAGAUAGAGCCGUGAAAGCUUGGUAAUACUAUGCAUGCUAGCGAUGCUACUGGAUGUAUGAAUCCCGAUGAAGACCAGAACGGCUCUUCAUGUUGCUUUGUGUGUUUUUUACCUACUAGCAGCUUGAGGAAACCUUUAACCUGCCAUUUUUCUAAACCGUCACCUCAAGCUUAUGUCUGAAAUGUCUUUUUGAGAGGCGAUGCGCGACACCUAAUCUAUAUAACCGCAGCUCUUACAACAAACACAGAAUAUCCCAAAUGCUGUCAUCGGAAAUGAAUGUAGAUGAAGGUCUGUCCAUCACGGCUCUUCGUGACAGUUCAGCUGCUGUGUGAAUGUAGCCGCCAAGCAGGAGGCAUUUCCUGUCUGACGUGAGGACGACGCCGCACGCUUCGGCUUCUCUCUAGCGCCACCUCUGUACAUUACAUUGCAUUCAGGUAGUUUAUAGACCUUGCUGAAAUUCUCAUACACUUGUGUUUUAGGGAGCAGUAGAUGUGAGGAAGGAAGCUGUUUUAAGUUGUCGUCCUUUCAGAUGAACUGCCCGAUGUUGGGACAACAUUGCCAAGCGUGAGGCAGAUGAAUGGACGAAGAUCACCCGGAACAACCGUUUUCAAUUUAUGCAGUGUGUGUGUGUGUGUGUGUGUGUGUGUGUGUGUGUGUGUAUGUGAUGCUGAGUAAAGAUUUAGAGUUGAAUAGUUUGACGGACAUCAUGUCGCACUAGCUGAAAAGUCGGGUGGGUUUUAUACCAGUUUUGGCUCAGUGUGUCUGUAUGCCGUGCACCUCUUCCUGUGCCGCCACUCUUGUGGGAAGCACAGUCCAGGACAGGCCAUGAACGUGGAGAGGAAAAGGUCCUGUACAUUAUUUACUCACUGCUUUCUUAAGGUGUGUGUGUGUGUGUGUGUGUGUGUGUGUGUGUGUGUGUUUGUGUGUGAGGAGUCUCGGCGUUUUGUUCUCUGCUGUUUGAUAUUGAAAAACUGCACUUCACGACUUGGGUGCCGCGAGGCUGUCAAUCAUUUAGACCAAUGAGCUGACCUGGAACCGUCUUUUUUUCAGACGCUCGUGGUUAAAACACUUCCGCACCGAGUGUCAUCCUGUCUGUGGCUUCACAAUGGGUGGAUUUCUUUUAUUAUCCAAGUGUUUGGACUUGUUAAUUCACAUGCUGGUUGUGAAUAUGGAAAUACAGAUGUAACAGAGACGCGGCGACUGCGUUUUGUUUUGAAGCAUCAUUUGAAUCAAGUAACAAAUGCAGUCACACGGUCGCAACCCGUCAUCGCUCUGCAACCGCAAAACUGAAGAGCGGUGACUUGUACUUUGAAUUUCCAGCUUGUCCUGUACAAAAUUCAAAUGUUAAGCCCACUCUGCAGUUUCAAUUUCCAUACUGUCACAUUUGUAUUUUCAUAUUUUCAUUUGAAUAAGAUGACUGUACACUUCCAUUUACUCAACAUGCUUUGUCCUGUGUGUCUCAUGGUGUAUGUGUAGUACUGAGAGUACUACCUGCACAAGCCGUACGGGUUAAGAACCAAAGCUCGUUUAUUUUAAAUGUCAUGUUGACCAGUAGGAAAACUUCACCGCUGCUCAGACACGUCAGCUCUUCCUCUUCCUGUUGAUGAAAAGCAGCUCUUUGACAGUAUCGGACCAGCGUCUGUGUGAAACCGUUCACGGCAGAGGAGUCGGCGUGUUGUCGAUGCAGCUGCAACAUGCCGACACACCUCGGGGCCACUAGUUUUGCAGACUCCGCUUCACUCUGGUGUACAUAGUGUGUGUGUGUGUGUUACGUGCAGGUGUGAGUUUGUUGGGGUUUGACAUGGCUUGUGUGUCACUGAUGGAAGCAAUACUGUUUUGCACUAUUAUGGUGUUUGACUUAAUCGGCACAGAAUUAAACGCUCAUUUUUCAUGGGCUUUGUGUCUUGUGAUGUCCAGAGUACUGGGUGGUAGAUAGAUAGAUAGAUGUGGACCAAGUCAUUAUUAUCCAAGUCUCAAGUCUUGGCACUCGGCUUGAUGGCUUAGAAACGCUGCGUGUAAUCUUCAUGUGACUCUCACCAUUAAAAUAUACAGCAUCUCAA